GUCCACUAGGAGGCUUGACUAACAAGGUAUUUGUCUGGAUGCAAACAUUUAUGGCGUAAACUGUAAAAUAUAGAUAAAACGAUGGUUUAAAGGACACGAAUUGUUGCUGUUGGAGGAUUCGGCGUUUGAUGGUAGAUUAUCAAUGAUCAACAGUCUCGUCUCUAUUGGCCAGUCCAGUGCGCAUCUAUGAACUCCAUACCGCCCUCCACUUCUGCCGUCAGUAGCCCUGUCAGCUCUGUAGAUUCGCCACUGUCAGCCGUCAGCUCAUCCAUUGGCUCUCCUGGCAUUCCCGGCACACCAUCUGUUGGCUAUGGACCCAUCAGCAACUCUCAAAUAAACUCCUCAAUGUCUGUGGCUGGGUUACAUGCUGUCAGCAGCUCUGAUGAUGUGAAACCCCCUUUUGGCUUGAAGACUGUCAGUGGCUCUGGGUCAAUGCUGUCCCAGAAACGCAUGUGUGCCAUUUGUGGGGACCGUUCAUCGGGGAAGCAUUAUGGCGUGCACAGCUGUGAAGGCUGUAAGGGUUUCUUCAAGCGCACAAUCAGGAAGGACCUGAGCUAUACCUGCAGGGACAACAAGGAGUGUCUGGUCGAUAAACGUCAGCGCAAUCGCUGCCAGUACUGCCGCUAUCAGAAGUGCCUGGCGAUGGGAAUGAAAAGAGAGGCUGUUCAGGAAGAGCGUCAGAAGAAUAAGGAACGGGAUGGAGACUAUGAAUGCAGCAGUUCAGCCAAUGAGGAGAUGCCUGUGGAAAAGAUCCUGGAGGCCGAGACAGCUGUAGAGCACAGAUCAGACUUGCACUCUGAUGCCACUGGUUCACCCAAUGAUCCAGUCACUAACAUCUGUCAGGCUGCAGACAAACAGCUGUUCACGCUGGUGGAGUGGGCCAAGAGAAUCCCUCACUUCUCUGAGCUGCCCCUGGAUGACCAAGUCAUUCUGCUCAGGGCUGGAUGGAAUGAGCUCUUAAUCGCUGCCUUCUCUCAUCGCUCCAUCAGCGUGAAGGAUGAGAUUCUGUUGGCCACAGGUCUACAUGUGCCCAGAGAGAGCACUCACAACUUGGGCGUGGAGGCCUUUUUUGACAGGGAAAGUGCACAGAGUGCAGAGGUUGGAGCCUUAUUUGACAGGGUGCUGACUGAGCUGGUCUGUAAGAUGCGUGAUAUGCAAAUGGACAAAACCGAACUUGGCUGUCUGCGUGCCAUAGUUCUGUUUAACCCAGAUGCCAAAGGUCUGACUAGCAGCAGUGAGGUGGAGCUUCUCAGAGAGAAAGUGUACGCAUCCCUGGAGGCCUAUUGCAAACAGAAAUACCCAGAUCAGCAGGGGAGGUUUGCCAAGCUUCUCCUCCGACUUCCUGCAUUGCGUUCCAUUGGCCUUAAGUGUCUGGAGCACCUUUUCUUCUUUAAACUGAUUGGAGACACCCCCAUUGACACUUUCCUAAUGGAGAUGCUGGAGUCGCCCCACUAGCUGCAUCAGAGGAAGAUUGUGAAACAGGGUUUUUCUACCCUAGGUCCUGGAGAUAACUGUGACUGCACUUUUUCUUCCCAGGGGAAUUACAGCGAUUGGUCAGCCUCUGGUCUGGGGGUAUUUUUUUUAGUUCAGAUAUUUCUUGUCUUUCUCUCUUAAGUGCAUCAUAGAGUCUAGAGACCCAAAACUUGCCAUGAAAAAUUGUUGGUGCUACAUUUCAACAGUAAGCUAAUUCUUCUAUAUAUAUAUAUAUAUAAAACAAGUUUAAAACUUAAAGUUUUUAAGUAUAGAAGCUCCAGUUACCUGACUGGUUUAAAUAAGUGGGGUUUACGUUUUGUUUGAAGCAUUUGAGGCUUUUAAAACACUGUGGAUGAUAAGCUUUAAUCGUAUGUAAGUGUGCUUCAUCAUCUCUUAAGUUAAGAGUGCUUUCUUCCUAAUUUAUUUUGCCCCGACCUGUAAGGACUGGUCAAGUGGGCGGAUAAAUUAAUGAAUUAAUUCGGUAUUAUAGAUUUAAAUUGACAUUUACUUUGCUAGUGUGAGAAAUCUGGCAAAGAAAUCUAUAUGCAAUGAAGCUUGAAAUGAUGCAAAACAGAAAAGACUAGAUGUAUAAUCUCCAAAAAAUGUACGUGAUAUUGUGCAAUGUUAAGCCUAAAUCCAGAGGUGGAUGUGAGGGAAAUGCAAGCACUCUUUUUAUUAUCUCACUCACUCAUGAUUUUAUCACAUCAUGAGUGCCUAAACGACAUAUGCUUGAUAUGUUUUUUAUUUUUUUACGUUUGCAGAAAAAAGGACAAACAAAAAUAUGAAUUUCUGUUUAUGUCAUCAGCAGUUAUUGUACGAAGCAGGUCGAUUUCCUUUCAUUCUUUUUGUUUUGCCUGAAGUGUCCUAGGCUGAAAUUGUCUUAAACCUGCAUUGGUUUUACUAGUUAACUGUCAGUUAAUAAUACACUCUCUUCUCUUAUCACAUAUCAGGUAACUGUAUAAGAGUGAUAAUUCCUUAAGUAAACUGCACUAUACACACAAAAAAUGUCAUUCCUAUUUUUUUGUGACCAUUGUCAGAUUUAAAAAAAAAUUACUUUUGGUGCUUCGGAAUCGACAUUUGAUAUUACAGCCCUAAAAAGUGCACAUGUAAAACUGCAAAAAGAAGUACAGCUAUCUUCAGCUUUAUAGAGAUACUAAAUCAGAGCAGUAUGAAAGUUCAUUGGUGUGGACUUGCUGUUUGUAUUUGGAAAACCUUCCAACUUGAAAUUUCUACAAUUAAUUUCUUCUAGUACUGUGCUGACCUUAUUGUUCAGGGACAUUGUGUAGCUAUUUUGUAGACCUAGACAGGCUAGGAAUCGAUAUAUAUUCUCUUGCUUUUAUCACUUUCUUUAGUUUGUAGUUGGCAUACAACUUGCAGAAAAGACAUAGUUUGCAUUGGAUUUUACCAUGAAUCCUAGACUUUGGAUUUUGUCUUUUAUUUCCUUUCUGUGAUCUGACCUUAUUUGGUUUUCGUUUCUUUUUGACCUACCAUUGAUAAUUU